ACGACUUGUUUUUACCGAAGUAUUUGAAGGCUACUGCCAUGGCCAAUGAAAAUAUUUUCCUUUUUGUUCCGAAUUUGAUCGGGUAUGCCCGUAUUGUGCUGGCUUUUUUGGCAUUCUACCUGAUGCGGUGUUGUCCAGUGCCUGCAGUAUUCUGCUACCUCCUUAGUGCCCUCCUGGAUGCCUUUGAUGGGCAUGCCGCCAGGGCCCUCAACCAAGGUACAAAAUUUGGGGCUAUGCUGGAUAUGCUUACAGACCGAUGUGCUACAAUGUGUUUGCUUGUCAAUCUGGCUGUGCUCUACCCCUCUUACAUCUUCCUCUUCCAGCUCAGUAUGAGCUUGGACAUUGCCAGUCAUUGGCUGCACCUGCACAGCUCAAUAAUGAAGGGAUCCGCCAGCCAUAAGGCUAUUGAUCUAUCCGGCAACCCCAUACUCCGUCUGUACUACACUUCCCGGCCGGUGCUGUUUGUCAUGUGCAUGGGGAAUGAGCUCUUCUUCUGCCUGCUCUACGUUCUCUACUACAUUGAGGAUCCCGCUGUGUGGCUGCAGUGGCUGAUUGGAGUUUGCGCCAUGGUGUGCAUGCUCAAAUCUGGUAUUAGCCUUCUACAUCUGGUCACUGCCUCCAGGAACAUGGCCGCCAUUGAUGUGGCUGACCGUGAGAGAGAGAAAACCAAGACUGAAUGAGUGGGGGAGUACAGGUUCUCACUAACAAAUCAAAUAAAUAUAUAUUUGUACCAUCUUUUGUCAAAAAGUCAAAAGACACCUUUGGCUGAACAUCCAUCAAAUGUUUGCCAUGUCAGCUGUAAUGACUAGAUGAUGUCACAAGGUGUUAUCUUGCAUGUAGGUAAGUAGAAUGGUUGGUACAAUAUUUUUCUGACAGGCCGAAGAGUCAGAGUAAUCAGGGGACCCUUUAAUGCAGAUGUAUUUAUGGAAGACACAUUUUGAUCCCCUCCCCUACUACAGAAGCUACUCUAGUGUAAUUUAUGUGACAUUAGGGAUGAAUGUGGACACUCAAAUUUACGUGAAACCCCUGCUGGUUAUCAGCCAUGAUAAGUUUUUUGGGGCUUGCCUUCUGGACAUUCUAAAUGAUCGUUAUAAGACCCAAAUGCAAUGUUGCUGUUCAUAAAUUUUUCACAAAAUUUCUAAAUUUCAAUAAUUAUGCUAUACUGCUACUGUCACGUUGGCUGUAAAUGUAUUUCAAAGUCUGAGCCACUAUUAUUGCUGUUCAUUGACGUUAUUAUUGGAAUUCCUAUGAUUAUCAGUAAAUGUUUCACUAGAGGAGUGUGAUUAAUCAUUUAUCCAAUUUUCAUUUUGAAAUUACAGCUCUGCAUAUUUCUUUUAAUUUAGUUUUUCGUUGUGUUCUGUGCUUGGUGUGAUUUCUUUAAGCCACAAAUGCACUCAAAACUUAAGGUAGUACAUUUUUUUGAGGACCACAUGAUGAAUGGAUCCAUGUAAAAAAAAAUAUUUGACUGCUUAUAAAGCUGGUAAAUGAGUUGUCAAAUGACCAACAUCUAACAUUGGUUCUACAUUAAGAUAUAUAGUGAAUAAUAGGAGGUACAGACUACAGAUAUGUAAACAGAUAAUCACACACAUUCAAAUGCAUUGGGCACAUUCCAUAUAUCUAGUGAGGCUCACUGUGUUGAAUAUUUUAUUUAUUUUUUAAUAUGCUGUAGUAGUUGUAAAAGUGUUAAUAUCACUGUAAACUUAUGUGCUCAGUAUACUUUUGCAGAUAACUGUGUAACCAUGUAUUAGUACCUUGUUGAAAUGUAAUUAUGUAGCUUAACCUUUAAGGCUAUAGAUAAAAAUGAGCACAAACUAAGCCAUGUUUGUAUGUAUAAUAUAUCCAUAUAUUAAACAUAUAUUUAGAUAAAUUGCUGAUUUAAUGGCUUAUUGCAUGCAUUGAGACAUUACAUCUUACAGAUGUAGAAGAUAAUAAACAUGUUGCUGUUAAGGGGAAGCUGCAAUAAAGACAUGUUCAAAC